AUGAAGGCAAUUUUAAUCAUGAUCUCAACUUUAUUUUUGUUUAAAGUAAAUUCUGACAAACCUUGUAUUCUAAAACAAUACGAAGGUCGAGAGAAAUUUGUAUGCGUUUGUAAUGCAACUUAUUGCGAUGAAAUCGACGAGAUUAACGAUCUUAAACCUUUCGAAGCGAUUAUUUAUGAAUCUUCAGAGUCUGGAAAACGUUUUCAAAAAACAACGACCGGCUUUACAAAUUAUUCUAAAUAUGCGAAUAAGAGUCAACAACGAAGAAUAGUUGUUAAUGAAAAACAGAAAUUUCAAAAAAUAUUUGGUUUUGGUGGUGCUUUUACUGAUGCAUCUGGAAUAAAUCUGAAUUCGUUAUCCGAGAAAACCCGAGAAGCGCUUAUUCGUUCUUACUUCAGUGAUACGGGUUUACAAUAUUCAUUGGGAAGAGUACCAAUCGCCAGUUGCGACUUCUCAACGCAUGUUUAUUCAUACGAUGAUAUUGCUGAUGAUUUUGGUUUAAAGAACUUUUCGCUGACCGAUGAAGAUCGCAAACUAAAAGUUAAACUUUUAAAAUUCAAGGAUAAUCUUGAAAAAAAACAAAUGAUCCCAUUUAUCCAACAAGCAUUAAAUUUUACUAAUGGCCAAAUGAAAAUAUUCGCUUCGCCAUGGUCAGCACCUUUCUGGAUGAAAUCCACGAAUAGUAUGGCAGGUGGUGGAACACUUAAAGUGAACAACAACGAAUCUUAUCAUGUUACUUGGGCUAAUUAUUUCAUCAAAUUUAUUGAAGAAUACAAAAAAGCUAACAUUAAUAUAUGGGGCAUAACAGUCCAAAAUGAGCCGACAACAGGCGUUGCUUUGGACUACAAAUUUCAAACAAUGUAUUUCAAUCCGUUAACUGAAAGAGACUUUAUAAAAAAGCAUCUGGGACCAACUUUUAAAAAAAGUCCAGUAGCUAAAGAUGUGAAGAUAAUAAUAAUGGACGAUCAAAGAAUUCAAUUACCACAGUGGCCUGAUCAAGUGCUUCGUGACGCUGAAACUGAAAAAUAUGUCUCAGGAAUUGGUGUUCAUUGGUAUUUGAAUUUUGUUUCAGCAAAACGACUCUCCGAGACACAUAAUCGUCAUCCUAAUAAGUUUAUUUUAGCUACUGAGGCUUGUGCUGGUUUUAUAAUGCCAAACAAAGGUCCAUUCAUGGGCGAUUGGGAUCGCGCAAUACAUUAUACCCAUGAUAUAAUCGAUGAUUUAGCGAAUUGGGUGGUUGGUUGGACGGAUUGGAAUCUCUGUUUAGAUGUUAAUGGUGGGCCGAAUUGGGUAGAAAAUUUUGUCGAUUCACCAAUUAUUGUUAAUGCAACGUUGGAUGAAUUCUAUAAGCAGCCAAUGUUCUAUGCGAUGGGUCAUUUCAGUAAAUUCGUACGACCAGGUUCAUUUCGAAUCGAAUCAAUCAUAAAAGAUCCAUCGGUACCAUUUGAAGCGAUCGCAUUUGUGACGCCAAAAUCUCAAACAGUUCUAAUAAUGAAUAAUCCUGAUUUCGAGCAAACUUUUAUGCUAACGAUUGAAGACAAAUCAAUCAAAGACAAAUUUCUCGAUAUAAUUCUUAAACCGAGAACAUUAAUGUCAAUCGUAUGGAAAAAAUAA